AGUGACGUCAGAGCGGUAAACGGCAGCGUGAACAAAGAUGGCGGAAGGAGCUAACGAUGCAGAGCUACUCAAGGAGAAGGCGAAUAAGUACUUUAAAGACAAAGACUACGAAAAUGCGAUCAAGUACUACUCAGAGGCCCUGGAGCUUAACCCAACCAAUGCCAUCUACUACAGUAACCGAAGCCUGGCAUACCUGCGCACCGAGUGCUACGGGUAUGCCCUGGCGGAUGCUACCAAGGCCCUGGAGGUAGACAAAAACUACAUCAAGGGAUAUUACCGCCGUGCCACUUCCAACAUGGCACUGGGCAAGUUUAAAGCUGCGCUUAAGGACUAUGAAACGGUAGUGCGGGUUCGACCAAAUGACAAGGACGCGCGGAUGAAGUACCAGGAAUGUAACAAGAUAGUGAAACAGAAGGCGUUCGAAAGAGCCAUCGCCAGUGACGAGAUCAAGAGAUCUGUAGUGGACUCUCUGGACAUAGAAAACAUGACCAUCGAGGACGACUACGAUGGCCCCAAAAUGGAAGACGGGAAGGUCACGUUGACGUUCAUGAAAGAAAUGAUGGACUGGUUCUCGGACCAGAAGAAGCUGCACAGAAAGUGUGCUUAUCAGAUCCUGAUUCAGGUUAAAGACGUUCUCAUGAAGCUACCGAGUCUCGUUGAAAUCUCACUAAAAGAGACAGAAAAAAUAACUAUUUGCGGCGACACCCACGGGCAGUACUACGACCUCCUCAACAUCUACAAGCUGAACGGUUUACCCUCAGACUCCAACCCUUAUCUGUUCAAUGGCGACUUUGUGGAUCGCGGCUCUUUCUCCGUUGAAGUCAUUCUCACCCUGUUUGGCUUCAAGCUGCUCUACCCCGACAACUUCCACCUGCUCCGAGGUAACCACGAGACGGACAACAUGAACCAGAUGUACGGGUUUGAAGGAGAGGUCAAGGCCAAGUACACGGCACAGAUGUUCCAGCUGUUCAGCGAGGUCUUCCAGUGGCUUCCUCUCGCACAAUGCAUCAACAGCAAAGUCCUGAUUAUGCACGGGGGGCUCUUCAGCGAAGACGGCGUGACGUUGGACGACAUCAGGAAGAUUGAGAGAAACAGACAGCCUCCAGACUCAGGUCCCAUGUGCGACCUGCUCUGGUCCGAUCCACAGCCUCAGAGCGGCCGGUCGGUCAGCAAGAGGGGGGUGAGCUGUCAGUUCGGGCCCGACGUCACGGAGCGCUUCCUGGACAAGAACAAGCUGGACUACAUCGUGCGCAGCCACGAGGUCAAGUCUGAGGGCUACGAGGUCACGCACUCAGGGAAGUGCAUCACCGUGUUCUCAGCACCCAACUACUGUGAUCAGAUGGGAAACAAAGGAGCGUAUAUUCACCUCAGGGGAUCCGAUCUCAAGCCAGAGUUCCACCAGUUCACUGCUGUGCCUCAUCCGAAUGUCAAGCCCAUGGCGUACGCCAACACGCUAAUGCAGCUGGGGAUGAUGUAGAGGCCACUGAACCCGUCUGCGACACUGAGCUCCCAUCAGCCCCGGUCCACCUCAUUCCCUCCAGUGCUUGGACAUAAUCCCCUUGACGCUUAGCCUAAGGGACCCCCCCCCCCCCCC